UUGGCAUCGCCGCGGCCCGCCCCACUCCGCCCGCGCUGUGAGGCGGAGGUCGGGGCUGGGCCGAGGGUCCCGGCCGGCCCCCUACAUCCCCUCCCACCGCGCCCAGCUUGGGCUCCAGGAUAGCGGCGCGAUGGCGGCGGCAACAGCGGCAGCGGGCUUGCUGGGGUCCGGACCCGGAGGGGCGGCCGGCGCUGCAGUGCCCCCGACGGGUCCGUGUGGGGCGUCGUCGGGGGUUUCUGGGAGUCUCGGGCCGGUCCCGGUGCCCAUGAACCUCUUCGCCACUUGGGAGAUCGACCGCUCGGCGCCCAGCUGCGUGCCCAGGCUGUGCAGUCUCCGCCUGAAAAAGCUGACUGUGCUGAAGGAACUGGACAAGGAGCUAAGCUCCGUGCUCAUUGCUGUGAAGAUCCAGGGUUCAAAGAGAGUCCUGAGAUCCAAUGAAUAUGUUUUACCCCCUGGAGGCUUGAUGGAGACUGACCUGGAACUGACUUUUUCGUUACAGUACCCACAUUUCCUGAAACGAGACGGCAACAAGCUCCAAAUCAUGCUCCAGCGCAGAAAGAGGUACAAGAACCGCACUAUUUUGGGCUACAAGACUCUGGCUGUGGGCAUCAUUAACAUGGCUGAGGUAAUGCAGCACCCAACAGAUGGAGGGCAACUCCUGGGCCUGCACAGCAACAUCAAGGAUGUGAGCAUCCGGGUAGCCGAAAUCAGCAUUUACUCCCUUUCUAGCCAACCCAUUGACCAUGAAGAUGGAAACGUCCCCUCUGGCCCCAAAAUCAAAGCUUCCGAUCGUUCUCCAGAUAUUGAUAACUACUCUGAAGAAGAGGAUGAUAGCUUUUCCUCUGAGCAGGAAGCCAGUGACGAUGCAGUGCAAGGCCAGGAUUUAUAUGACGAAGAGGAUGAAGUGAGGAAGCCAAAAAAAGCCAGGCGGAAAAUGAUCAGAACCACGUCGAUGACCAGACAACCAAACUUCAAGCAGAAAUUUGUUGCCUUGCUGAAGAGGUUUAAAGUGACGGACGAGGUCCUGGAUUCUGACCCAGUGGAUCAGACCCAAGAGGCAGAAGAGGACCUGGGCCUGCUCUAUGAUAGCCUCGAGGAGUGCAACAACAGCGACAGUGGCCCUGAGACAGAGGAUAACGAAAGCAUCCACAGCACUCCUAAGCCUACCCUGAGGCGCUUCUUUGAGGGUGUCUCUCACUCUGGUUCCCAGACUGAGAUCAGCAGUCUGCACGGCCAAAAAGGGCAGGAGCGAGAGUCGGGCAGCCCUGGAGAAGCGGAGAAGCGGAAAGUGGGUGUCCCUCGCACCCAAGAUGAGAGCGCCCUGGAAACGGCAGCUAUGGAGCUGGAGGUCGAUGAACCCUGCCCAGGAGGUCCAGGUGAGACGGCCCUGAAGGAGAGCAGCGUGGACAGGCUAGGCCAGCUGGGCAGCAUUAGCAAGCCUGAGUUCCCAGCCACCGUUUCCCCCAGCAAAGUUGAGAACAAGCAGUUGUGGCGGCCCCGCAGUAUGUCCGUCAAAGACCGGCAGAACUCCAAGGGCCAGGGUGAUCGGACCAGCAGCCUGGACAGCGAGAGCUCCCCUGACUCACGGCAGGGCACCCAGGUGCCCCGGAAGUCUGUGUACGACCAGCUCAACCAGAUCCUGGUCUCGGAUGAACAGCUGCCAGAGAGCAUCAUCCUGGUGAAUAUCGCCGAGUGGCAAGGCCAGUAUCUGUGCGAUCAGCUGCAAGAGCACAAGCAGCCCAUUGUCUCCACCUGCUCCAUGGCGGAUGUCCAGGCUGCCUUCAACACAAUUGUUGCUCGCAUCCAGAGAUACUGUAACUGUAAUUCCCACAUGCCUCCCCCAGUGAAAGUGGCCGUGGCAGGGGACCAGAGCUACCUGAGCAUCGUACUCCGCUUCUUUGUGGAGCAGCUGGCCAGCAAGACCCCCGACUGGCUCAACUACCUCCGUUUCCUUGUGGUGCCAUUAGGCUCUCACCCCCUGGCCAAGUACCUUGGUUCCGUGGACAGCAGGUACGGCACUUUGUUCCUUGAUGCUGCGUGGAGGGAGCUGUUUAGCAGAGUCGAGCCCCCUAGUUCAGACACCGUAGAUGUCCCUGGCCGGGUUGUCCAGUUCAUCACUGGCGCCAGCGUGUCCCACCAGCUGCCCAUUUCCGAGGCCAUGUUGACCUACAAGAAGAAGAGUUCAGGUGUGUGGGGUACUUCAAGCCCUGCUGUUCUCUGCUUUCCCCUACAGCCAUCAGGGAUUGGCACACAGAAAAGAAGCCUCUAUUUUGAUUUUUAUAUCAGCCCCGAUGAGGAUUCCUGCCAGAAGUUUGUGCCAUUUGUCGGGAUGGUGAAGGUGGGACUUCUGGAGCAGUCCUUCAACACCUCAGUUGAUUCUGACGAUGUCACCAUCUGCACCACCUCACUGCUGAGCUCGUCGUCUCCGUCUGGCGGAGGGGUCCCCUAUACCAAGGAGGCGGUGGGAACCCCUCCCCCUUCCCCGUCUGUCAGCAGUGGGCUCUCAGGAGCAGGCAACCUGAGUCCUGGCGUGGAGGUGAUGGGCCUUCAGGUAGAUUACUGGACAGUGCAGGGGCCAGAAAAAAGAAAAGAGGCCGAGAAGCGUGAAACGGGCAUCAAGAACACCCUGAAAAGCAACUUCCGCUCCUUGCAGGUCAGCCGCAUCCCUGGCCCCGGGGAGCUGACUCCACCCAGCACCAUGGCCAUGACUGUGGUCACCAAGGAGAAGAACAAGAAAGUGAUGUUCUUGAGUAAGAAACCUAAAGAGAAGGACUUGGAACCGAAGAGCCAAGUAAUUGAGGGGAUCACACGCCUGAUCUGCACGGCCAAGCACCAAAACACCAUGCUGCGUGUUUGUAUCGAUGGCGUCGAGUGGAAUGAUGUGAAGUUUUUCCAGCUGGCUGCACAGUGGCCAACACACGUCAAGCAUUUUCCGAUUGGCAUCUUCGGCUACACUAAGAGCGUGUGAUUAAAAAACGGAGGCAGCCUGGGGGAAGGACUUGGGCUCUGCCACACUGAAUGGAGAGAGGGAGGAUCCAACAGAGAGAGGGAGGAUCCAACUCCUUGCUUCUGCUGAAGAUGACUGACUGACUGACUGGACUGCCUGGCGGCCCAGGGCUGGAGCCCCAAUCUGGCCAGGGCUCGCUUUGGCUCCGUUCAUUCUGUGCAAGGAGCAUCCCAAUUUGCUUUACGUCUCACCCAUGAGUUUUCUUUUCUUUUCUUUUAGUUUUAACAUGAACUUUGGUCUUAGGAAACGGAAGGAAGACACACACACACACACGGCUUCUCAAGCUGAAUUCUCGAGACUCAAAUGCCAGGCCAGUCUUCUCUGUUCAAGUGGGGUCAGGAAUAACAGUGGCUUAAGGGAACUCUCGGACAGCUCCCCAACUGACGUUCAGCUUGGGGGCCGCUGGGACUCGGUUCCCUGCCUUGCCUUGUCUUGGCUGGCUUGGGCAAGAAAGGGCAAGGUGGGCUCUCUUUGACGAGCUGCUACCUUGCACUUUUCUAGUAGGGAUUUGGGAGGGGGAUGUGUGUCAAUGCAGCCCUCCUAGGGUUGCUUAGCCAGGCUCCCCGGGUAGCAUUCUGGGCAAGCUGGACCUCUGCCCACAGGCACCACUCUGCAGGCCCUCCUCCUCUCUCUGAAGCCACAGAGGGCUCGUGGGAUCUUGGGUACCUUGUCAGUUUUUAACAUGAAGUGGCUUUCCCUUGCCUCUCCUAAAUUUGGUCCCUCCUGCACGGAGGGGGCCUGACUUGGUUUGACUUCUCGUGUCCUUGAAAAAUGUGUGCAGACUGGAGUAUAGAAAGCAAAAGGUAUAGAGACGGCAAAAAAAAAAAAGGCAGGUGCAACUUAUUUCUGCAGCAGGAGCUGUUUGGGGGGGGGGCUGCCUGGGGCAUGAGCUGUUUUGUGUAGUUCCUGUCCUGCUUCGAAAGGUUCCCAAGGCAAGAGACUGGAUUUGUUAUGUUCUUCCUGGUUUUCCCCAUUCAUCAGCUGUGGGCACAAGAUAGGGAGGUGGCACAUAGUGGCCGGGUUUAGGGCAGCAUUGGGCUCCAGGACCCACUACAGAUCCACAGGUGGGGUUGUUCUGGUGUAACAGAGCAAAGGGUUUGAAUCCUAGAAUGGCUGGUUCUUUGUCACUUUAAAGCACAGUAACCCAACCUCUAAGGGAAAGGGCAGAGACAUUCAAAUGAGUGCAGUUCCCACGAAAUAGGAAGGAAAAGCAGCAAAGCAUGUUUGACGUUGGAGGGGGGAAAACUAGAUACUUCUCCACUAACUAAUCUGUUCCAGCUUUUACAGGGGCGUACAGAGAAAGUGGGAUAAAAAAAUGGAUCUGAGGGUGGGUAGGGCAAAGCUCUCUUCUCACUGGAUGUACUUUAGAGCUAUGUGUUAACUUUGCAUGAUUUGUUUACCUGUGCCACGCUGCUGGGCCCUGCUGUGUAGGCAAGGUAGCAGAGAGAGCAACUGCUCACGCAAGUGUUGCUGGGGCAGGGGAGAGGCCCCUGGAGGUGGCCUGUGCCCUGGUUAAGACUCUGGCCAAGGUACUCCCUUGUGCUGGAGUCAUACACUCCAUUUGUAGCCAGUACAAGCAAGGGUUCUCUAGGCAAGCCCUACAGGGCAGCCCUUAGAUCCACAAGUCGGGUCAAGUUGCACCUUUGCAGCACCGUGGGGAUUGGUCUCUUGCAAUUACUGUGGGGAGGUUGAUGUAACAGGAAGAAUUUCCUUUUGCAACACACACGUCCGCACACACAAACACCCACUUAAAAUUGAACAAGGGAGCCAGAACGAGAGAGCCAGCAAUUGCAACAAAGGUGUUGUAAGGGCAGCCUUCCUGUGGCAGCUAUGUGUGCCUCUUUGUCCUCCUCCCUGGCAAGAUCCACCAGUGUCCCCUUUCCCUUCCCUUCCCCUCAAAACCAAGCAGGCUCCAAGGCCAGGGCCUCUUCCCUUCCUGGAGCUUGUCGUCACUAGAACUGCCAAACCAACCUCCCCUGCCUUGCAAAGUGUAUCCUACCGAACUCAAGAGACCUAAACUGUGGUAUUGCGCCUGCCCGGCGGACGCAGCUGCUCAUGGUUAGGAGAGCAGGGAGGGCGGGUUAACCCCAUUUUUUACAAGAUUCUAUUUUUGUUAAUGUAAGGUUGCUUUCUGGAUUAAUUUUAAUAAAUUAAUGCUGGUACCAUUGUGA